AUGACUUCCUAUCAAGAGUUAACGGCCGAAGGGGAGAGUAGCCCUCUGUUCACGGGCUGCUGCCGAGCCAAAGAGGUCAUAAACCUGGACCCGGACUGCAGGACUCAUCCUGAACUCUGCAGCCGUGGCGAGGAGGGGAAAGUUACCUCAGGAUUUAACUCUCGGCAGCCCCACUACUUGACUCUCUCUAACAGUUUGACUCUGUGCUCGUCUUUGGACAGCCCUCCUCCUCCGCUUCCUCCCCCUGGGACUCUCGAUGGUUUCUCGGCACCGGCCUGCCCCCACUCGUCCCGUGUCCCCUGGCGGCGUAGGGCGCAGGGGCAGGGCUCUCCAGGACGCGGAUACUGCGCGUCAAGUAACGAGGAAACGGGACAAAGCGGGUUUGGGUCACCCACAGAGCAAAUACAAAUCUGCUCCCAAAAUGGCCCCGAGAUUCACGUCGACGUGGGGAGUUCUGCUACUUUGGACUGCGACGUAGCUGCCGUGGAUGUAAACAGAAAAACUUUUGAGUGGAUGAGAGUGAAGAGGAGCCAGCACCGGGCGGGUGAGUUUUUGUCACGACACACUGAGCACGAAGGGAGGGAGAAAGCAGCGUUAGACAUGAAUUUAUGCAGGAACAAAUGUCUUUGUGUUUAUUCCAAGCUUGGAGAAACUUUCAUUGAUAGUUUGGAAAGUUUGAUCCAAAGUUUUUUUUCUUAUCGCUGAAAAAAAGAGAAAAAUGCUGACGUUUUUCGCGUCACUGUGCAUUUCCCUCUGUCACUAUCAAACUAAAACAACAAAAACACAAUAUUAAUGCAGAUUUAACCUCCUGAAAUGCAAUGCAGCUGUAUACCUGACGCCAAAUUUGAAUAUGCACAUGCAGACUCAGUUACUUUUCCCUCAACGGUGUCACGUUAAUGCCUGUUUAACAUAUUCGCUCCACCUACUUUCACAAACAGGAUCCAGUCAGUAUAAACACACAAUGAGAGCAAAGUACAGUAAAGGCCUGCUCAGCCACAGUGUAUAUUCAAACCCAGAAAAAAGAUCAAUUAUUUACCCCUGCCCUUCCUAACCAGCAGCCUUUGAAUAAUGCAUCAGACUAGUGGCUGUCCAGCCUCACAGGAAGUUGAGUAAAACUUACUCCUGUAAGCUGGAGUGCUGCCUGAGUAUCGAUUAGUUGUCUGUUUGUAAUGAAAGCCCUUGCCUAUUGAUUUCAGUUUGCAGCACCUUUACAUGUGUCCACCUUUUUAACAUAAUUGCUGUCACAGAUCAUCAUUUCCCUGAGUGAUGAGUUCUGGGCACAGAGCCCACAGAGGAACACAUAUCCCAGGCUUUAAAUAAAAAAAUACAGAUAGCCUCCUAAUGUGAAAAAUGCCUAUCAAUCCUCAAUUUUAUGUGAGUUAUAGUGUCCUAUAUAGAUCCUUCAUUUUGAUCAAUAGUGUCAGUUGACUGACUAGCCACUGUACUUGAGUUUGGUUUCAUAAAUUUUACAUGGAUGAAGAUUUACUACAGAGGUGGUCCAGUCUUUUUUCUCUUUCUCUCUCUCUCCACAGUACAGUGUGUGUCUGUUGUGAGGAAGCUGCUGACCCAAAUGUUCACUAAGCAAAGAUACAGGUUAACCACACGCUGUUUAUGGUCAGAGGAAGGCCCAAGUUCCUCUACAAACAGGAAGCUCCUGCAAACUGCACUGUAGUAUGUAAAUGAUAUCACUAUGGCGCUGCGGCGUAUUUGAUUUGCAGCCCUCACAGAAGUAAAAAUUCCAGCUGUUGACUUGAAGACAUUUGAUUUAUCUCGACAUACUUCAAUGUGAUUUCAGGCAGAAGCACAUGCUGAUAAAAAGGCACUCCAAAAAUCAAAUUAGCGUCAGUGAUGGAGGCUCACACGCCUUGACAAACAUAAUUCUGUAAUAAUGAUGAUGCUCAAUCAGAAACAUUAGCAGGCUUACUAUUAAUUUUUCUUACAUGUAUAAAAAUGAAAACAUACAAUGAAAACAAAAAGAGGCUCUUGAGUUUGGAAUAUUUCAAAGUCAAAUGAUGCAUAAAAACUGACUGAAAAUCUGGAGUUAAUGAGAAGUGAUGUUGACUAAGAUAUUUCACACAAGAGGUGAAACAAUAGAUAAUUAACAUCUUUCAUUUGAAUGGAAUAUUUUAAAAAGAUGCAAAGUAAAUAUCAGAAGUGAAGAUUUUGCUUAAGUAUAUUUAGGUCUUAUAUGAUGCCAAAUGACAGGCAGAUACAAAAAUAACAUCCUCAAAAAUCAGAGAUGUGCACUCAAAUAUUAGAUUUUAGUUAUCCCAAUGAAAAACAGACAUAACACUUCAAAUUUGUUCAAAAAUAUAUAUAUGAGUGGUCUGUUGAUGUUAACAUCUUUAAAACAUGUCAGUGUUUCAUGAAGCAGGAGCACAAAGUGACAAAAACACACUCCCAAACUCAGGCUCAUGGAGAAUGAUGUGCUCUCACACACCUUGAUAACAUUGUUCUCAGUUUUGGAGAAGACGCAGUGAAACACCAUUCAUUUGUCGUAAAUAUUACAAAAAAGUAGCAAACCUGACACCACAAUGAGAGCUUCUCAAUCCCUCUUACAGAAUUUAUAAUAGCAGGUAAACAUUUCUCUGAUGAUGCCACUCUGAGGGAGGUAAAGGUGACGAAUACACCUUUAGCUGAUCUCAGAGUGUGUUUUUAUUCAUAAAACGCAUUAACCUCUCCUCUGAUCUAAAUCUGUGCACUUGAGAAAGCCAUUUGCUCACAGCCGCCCACACACACACACACUCACACACACAGACAUCUCUUUGUAGUACUGCUAGCAUCUCUGUAACCUCUUUCUGCAUCUCUCUGAAGGGGAUCAUCUGUAGGAGUAACUCAUUAGCGCUACUGUGUAACUUGUAAAAGAGUCAUUAGUGAAAGUAUGCUUUCCUCUGGAGCUUCUAUUGGUUUUGGCACCGAACAAAGUCUGGCGUAUUCUUCCUGGUUGAAAGGCCUCCACAGACCUGCAGUAACCUGAUCUCCUGGCUCAGUGUAUAUACUCCCAGUGCGUCAUUCUUCAAUUAUGCUUUGACAGCACCUGAAUUACUGUGGGCUGGAUGCCCAGAUGACUGAGGCAAUGUGUAUCGAUCUAUCCCUUUUCUUCUUCUCCUCUCCUUGGCUUGGGAGGCCCUCUUCCAUUCCCUUUGCUGGCUGGCUAUUUUUAAGCGUGCAAGUCAUUCCUCAAAUAUUUAGUUUGAUUCUUUUAUGCCUUCUAGCUGGCAUCAAUUCUAUUAUCUUUGCAGCCAUUUAUCAGAAUGUGCAUGUGAUUUGCACUCCAGAAAACUGAACUUCAUAAUCACGUACUGCUCCUUUUGUAUCGGUUCUUCUUAUCUGCUGCUGCCCUCUAAUUCUUCCACUCACCCACCUUGACAUUCAUUUCCUUAAAACACAGAUGUCGACAUUUAUCCUAUAAGUGACCUUUCCAUCUGCUAUGCUUUUCCAAGUGGCUAGAGGCCUGUUAACCUUCCUCCCUGUGAAUUGUGGUGGGAGAGAUCGUAGUACACCUGGCACACUGACUCCAUUAUGUUGCAGCGACACAUUUUCUCAGAGGCAAACACUCACUGACAACUUAGCCGCAAUGUCAGCCGUGAAAAAUCGGGAUCUAGCUGCCAUUCCUGUCAUUCACAGCACAUAAGCAGCGCAGACGAUUCUGAUACUUUCUGAAAACCUCAGAGGAAAAACAAUGCAGACGUUUGUCAUUAAUGCAGAGUUUGAAAGGAUUUCUAAACUGUUAGACAGUCAUUGACACAGAAAGGCCUCAAGGCGAAUUAUUAAUGAUUCUGAUGAAGUUAAUGGUCUGCAAAGUUUUUAUGCAUCACAAAGCAUUUCUACGUCUAUACUUUCUGUAUAUCUUGAACAUUUUGACAUCUUUUCUUCUACUUUAUCAUGAACUUGGCCAAAAUAUAAUAUCAAAGCAACACCUUUACAUUAAAAUGCAGAGCUUUCCAAUCUGUGGGGGUCAGUGCAUGGUGUCGAUUCUUAUCUGCAUUAUUUUUCCAGGUUGCACCUUGUGGUGGUGUUGCAUGAGAUUGCGUUAUACCGCACAGGUGUUUUUGUGAUUAUGUCCACCCCGGUAGAUAUUAUUCUAUUCCCCAUGCACCUGUGCUCACAACACCAAAAGAUUUCGCAGAGUCCCAGAGGACUGUGGCAAAAAGGUGAUUCAGUGGCAAAACCCCAUCUUUGAUAUUCAGACAGAAAAAUGGCCUCAUGUGUGGAGACCUUAUAUACACAAGCUGAUUCAGGGGCAGAUGCUACAAUUCAGAUUCUUGGAAAUAAUUUUUAAAAAAAGUUGAGUUCAUCAUUUUUCCACGGUUAAAUACACACAUGAUGCUUUCUAAUCUGCAGGCAGACUAAUAACUAAAUUUAAUUUGAUUUUUGAGGAGAUAGGCAAAAGUUCUAAGAGUGGAUAAGUGUUGUAAAAGGUUAUUUCUCAUUUAUUAAAGAAGUGAGGUCUUUUAUGUUGAGACUUUCUCAUAUAAUUUUAUGGAUAUGUACAUGAAUAGCUUUAUUGUAAAGUAUUUCAUCACAUCGCUCUCUCUGACGCCUUUUUUCAUGUCCUUUUUCCAGUCAGGAUGCACAUGACCUCUGGGUUCGGUGUCGCUAACUCGGGCCUCAGCGCUGUAGAAGCUGUAAACGGAAUCCUCUGCUCGGAUGUCCAUCCUUCUGUGAACGGGACCCCGAGGACCAACUUCAGCACCAGGCAGCUCACCGAGCUGGAAAAGGAGUUCCACUUCAACAAGUACCUGACUCGGGCACGGCGCGUGGAAGUGGCCGGCGCCCUGCAGCUGAGCGAGACGCAGGUCAAAGUUUGGUUCCAGAACAGACGCAUGAAGCAAAAGAAAUUACAGAGAGACGGACUGAUCUCAGAGCCGGGGGUCGUAGCUGCAGUUGCGCACUUUCAGGCGGCGGACACUGCGGACAGCACCCCCUGUCACGGACCGAGCUUUUCUUCAAAACACCUGACGUUGAACUCUUGAGCCUGCAGAUGUUUUGAUUCCAGUUUGCAUCGUGUUCAAUCAGGCUUCACCUUUAUUUGCUUACCCACGAUGGAUGGAUGCUUAUUGCGACAAGCGCCAUGGCAAGUUUCUUCGUGCAAGAACAGGUCAAAACAAUCACUCAUCGUGCCCGGCUUCAGACUGGCGCUCUGAUUUGAAUAUUAAAAUCAAGUUAUUCCAUCGCUCUCCAUAUCUACACAAUGUAAACGCAGAAACAAAAUCAUAUUAAUUGUCCAUAGAGAGUGAGUUGGACUAUUUAUUUAUUUAUUUUGUGCAAUUGAUUUAGGAAGUAUAACUCCAGUGGAAUAUAUUUAUUCUGCAGGGCGUGCGUCCUGGUUUUGUUUAAAAUAACAAAAAGGAAAAAUCGCCUUAUAUUUAGGCUUAUUUAAAGACACACAAAGGACUUUAAACGUGUGAUUUUAUAAUUGUUUUACCAUAUCUCUCUACGAGGUCUUGAUCAGUCCAUAAAUUAAGUUUUAUUUUCUUCUUAUUUUAAUUUUUUAGGAACAGCUUAGACUUCUGUUACAAAUCGCGUGUGCGUAAACUCAACAGAAAAUUCCCAGGCUGAAAAAAAGCAGACUUUUAUUUUCUAUCUUCACGUGUUUUCAUAAUAAUCAGUCCCAGGCAGGAUUAAAAUGACAUAAUUGACUGAUAGAUUUAUUGACGGCUCGUAUUAAACGUAUCGAUCCGUGGUGAUCCAUCCAUUUGGAGGCUCAAAAACGAGGAGCCCUCGCGUGCAUGUGUAACUGCAUGUUAAUGGAAUGUAGAAACGUCACGAUAGGGAGCUGUUGCGUCUUUUAUUACCACGAUACAUGCAUCAGAAAAUGAUCAUUUAGCCUGAAAACUCAUGCGGGAGGGCAGACAAUAAAACGCUGUCUGUGCUGUUUUGCGCAUCAACCAAUAAAUUGCGCGCGUGGCCCCAGCAGCUCGUGGAGCAGAUUCAAAUCUCAGCUCAUAUAAAGUAAAUGAUUGUAAACCCGGCCCUUAAACACUGUUAUGUUCCCGGUCUGCCAGUGCGUCUCUGUCGUGAUGAUGUCUAUUCUAAUAUCUAGAAAUGAUCCGUCAGACACGUUAAUUUUAUGUGGGGAAAUAUUGUUUAGCUUUCAAUUAGCGUGUGUUUGCACUUAUAUUAAUGUUGUUCUAUUUCCUAGAGGGGUAUUAAUGACAACAAAGGAUUUACUACGAAGCAGCUGGGGAUUUAAAAGAUAAAAAGCUACAAACAAAAUGAUUUAAUUAUGUCCCUUUUAAAUCUUUAACAGGUGUCCUCCUGCACAUAAAACACUUUUAAUAAAAUAACAAUUAGACACUUGCUCCUCUGGACAUGCAGGCUGCAGGGGAAAGCUAAUAUAUGCACUUACACCAGAGUUCACCCCUCACCUCUUGACCUUUGUCUUGCCUCAGGACAAGGAUGACCCGGUCAGUGACUCCGAGAGAGAAAGAUGCUUCAUUAUAAUAUGUGUGACCUCCAAAUCUCAGCUUUUUCUCUUCCUUUAUUUCUUUCACCAGUUUGUUCCUUUUCACCAACAACUUCGGAUGCUUUUGUUCUGCUGGCUCUCUAUGUCCACACAAUAUUUCAUCGUGCUGAAUAGAGGGGGCGACCAGGCUAUAUGAUAAUUGUUCAUAUUAUAAUUCCAUACCAGACCUGCAUAAUGUGUUUUUUUCCUGGAGCUAACCUAAUUUUUGCCCUAUCUCUUAUUUUAAUAAGCAAAAAAUAUGCUACUGGCUCACUUUAUAAACUGGAUGAAAGAGUCUCUUCACACAAUCAGGUUUUUGGAAAUAAACUGCAGACCUAUUUUUAAUAGCAAAGUUGAAAAAUUAAAGCUACUGGUGCAUACUUAACUCUUAAUGUGAUUCCAUGUCAGGACCAGCAAAAAUAAAAUUUAGAGCAACUAUCCAUUACAUACACGUUGCUUAUUCAUUUCAUGCAUAUGUGGUCGGAUCAUUUUUUUUUUAAAGUAAGGCAUAAAUCCUUCCAAACAAUAUAUUUUAAGCUACUCUUUUUCAUUAAUAUUUACAAGAGCUUUAAGGAGUAAAGUUGAAAAAACUUGCAGGUCUACAAAAAACUUUUAGACCCUAAAAAAAAAAAAAAAGAGAAAGUUUUUUGUAAUUGAUUAAAAUGACUCACAUGUGAGCAAGACUAAAAACUGUGCUCUGCCCGAUUUAUUUUACAUUUGCAUUUAAACAAAUGACAUCCUAUUAAGGCCGACUCUCUGUAAACAAAAUAGUACAAAGUGGAAUGUUUAACAAAACCAUCGAAUGUGUCCUUCUUUCUAAUGCAAAUCAGAGUGCACAUGUGAAGGUUAUGAGGAUGAGGAGGAGGACAAUGAUGAUGAAAUGUGACGACAAGCCUGGGAGUCUAAAAACGUUUUUCCCCAUGUCCACUGUCCCUCCUGAGGAGUUUGUGAGUUUGGCCUCAUUACAAACUCUUUUAUCAUAUUUUGCAAAUUUGUCCCCCCCUGUUACAAAGCUCCACGGUCGAGGCUGUAUGCUUGCAGCAGAAAUAAAACAAUUCAACACUUAUUUUACUUUAAUGUAUACUGUGUUAUAGAUUGGCUUAGAAAUACACACCGAUUUAAAAUAGUAGCAGGAAAUUGUGCAGAAAUAAACAGCUACACGUAAAUUAUAGGGAGAGGGUGAAGGUGAGAGAAGAGUUGAUUUAUACAGGGUGAACUAUCACUUUAAUUUCAUCCCGUGGCAGCUUCAGCAUUUGCCUCUCAAUUGAUGGAAGGCAAAACCGCAUUGUUUGUUCAGACCUGACAUUUAGUUCCAAAGCGUCUGAGUGUGACUCCACUCUGAUGAAUUUGUGCUCUUCUGUAAUUUCUUCCUGAAGAUGUACGGUUUGUUCGCAAGACUGACAGCUGUGCUCUGCCCGUAUACAUAAGGUGAAUGAAGGGGGAAUGAAACCAAAACAACUAAUCCUACAAGUCCUCCUUACCUCUACAUUUCUUUUUCUUUCCUCCGCAGGGGAAAUGUAUGCCUAACUCGGCUUUAGCUCCUUUAUUUUAAUCAGGAGGAAACAUUUUUAUGAUGGAGUGGAAAACCUCAGAGAGCCUUUGUAGAAGUGAAAUUACCUGCUUCAUUUUGAAAGUAAAACCUCAGAACUGAGAUGUCAAACUCAAACCACUGAUGUAUCGGUUCAUGAUAAAUGCUCAUAUUGACAGUCUCAGCUUUUGUCUGUGUUUUGUUUGGUUUUAGCUGAUGUGGGCAGCUGUUCCCGAGGAGUGCAACAUGACAGAACAUAUGUGCCUUGUACAGAAUAACUCGCAAUGCAUUUGAAAUUAACACUUAUAAGUGGUUCCCUCUCAGAUCGUUGUAAUUAAUGCUUAGUUGACAAAAAAUUAACUUAAUGCAUAAUAUGCAUGUAAUAUCCUCACCGGUGCUCAGGGGAAUGAAACCAAUUGAUCAAGCUAGGCUCUUUCUAUCUCAAUGUGAAGCACAUAUAGAUAAGUUGUUGUUGUGAUUGCAAAUCAUUUGAAUGUUCCAUUUUAGCUUUCUGCUUGUCUGAUUUUACUGUUUUUCUUUAUUUGCACAGACUUUCAUGCACUAUUAGUCUUUUUCACCGAGCUCAUUCACAGAUUUGACUACCAAACAAUUUGUACAUCAAGAAAGUUGAAAUGAGGUGCACCUGUUUUUUUUUUCCUCUCCAAUGUGUGUGUGCCUAUGCAUAUGUGGAUGCCCUUUGUAUACAAUUACUCAAAUAUGUGUUUUGUUUCCUAGGUGCUACUAAUAAAGCGCUCAAAAAGAUACAAAGCACCUAUUUGAAUAAUUGUACGCUCGCACACACAUGCACAAACAUGCACACACGCUCAGAUACAAAUCCAUACAUAACACAUUCUGACAACAACAUGCACACCAAUCCCAGUCCUUGCCUCUCCUCUCCUGCUCCGCUCCAGGGAGCAGAUGUUUGGGGACAGCUUACAGCCUCAGCGAAUUUCUAUGUACAAAGCAAACAGGCGCACUCAGCACUUCUGGCUGCAAAGGGAAAUUUGCUCUUGAAAGCACGGGAGGAGUGAGGGAGGGGGGCUUUGAGUCAAUGUAAGGUAUCGUGGGGUUGAGAGAGGAGGGGGUGAAAGGGUGAGAAGGGGUGCAUGUAGAGGUGAAAGUGUGUCAAGUGUGUUGCACGGGAAAAUUUCCUGUUUCCUGUUUUGUAUGUUGGCGCAACAUCACGUACAUUAUAUAGUAUCUCUGUUGCACCAUGCAGCAUCAAAACCAAUCAAGCAAGGUGGCCCCUGCUACAUACCUGAUUGUAUGCAGUCUCGGUGACCUCUCCCAAGCAGCUCUGUCUUCUCACUAGUUUGGAUUGCCCUUUCAAAAGUUGCAGACAAGCAUAAAGUGAAGGGAAUAGAGGCAAAACAAGGGGAUGUGCCUUCACCGAGUUUGCUGAUACUGCACAUGAGAUAACCUAGGAGCAGCUAUGCUAAUGAUGCCAUUGAUAUAAUCCACUGAUUUAAUGGCACUUGCCCUGUGAUGGUAUGCUGCAUAUUUGUGCCCUCAGGAAAAUUGCUUUAUUGCUUUUAUAAAAUUCCUUCCUCAAGCUGA